AUGUUACUUGGGUAUUUGAUUUACCUGCAUAGCAUGCAGUGUACAAUACUCACUCAGACAGUUGAUACAUUAGCUAUACUCAAGGAUGAGAUAGAUUCAGUUGCUGAUGAGAUUGGUGGAGUCUUGAGAGGAGUUCCGUGGCCUACCUGCAGCAUUGUCUCUUCAGGGGAAUUUUUGAUUUCAUUGCAAGCAGCUAAAUUGAAAUUACAUGAUGCCAAGGGUGUUAUAGAAGAACAAAAGCAAUCAAACCUACGUCUGGGAAGCCAACUGGAGAAGAAAUACCAAGCUCUUGCGCGUCAAGCAUUAAAUUUCAAUGCAAAUACACAACGUAACAAUCAAGUAGAUUGCCCUUUAUCUGACAAGGUGAAAAGCAUGCCAAGUGAUGAUACAUUUUGGGACUUUGGAAGUGUGACACAUCCAAAUGAACCAUGGGUAAUUGAUCCAAAGGUACAAUUAGGUACAACCUUACAAGCAAAGCUUCCAAAGUGGUGA